AUGGAGGCGGCCCUGAUGAGGUAUUUGUCGUGUGACACCAUCACGGUGGAGUCCAUCGUGGUGGAACCGGCGAACAAGGCUGGAGCCGGCUACGGCAGCCAUAUGUCCAGGGUGAGGGUCGCCUUCAGGAAGGGUGAAGGAGAGGCGGCUCAGCAGCUGCCUUUGAUCGUGAAGGCCACACUUAGCGCGGCGGCGUCGGAGCAUAUGGGGCAGUGGUACGUGUUCAAGACGGAGGCGCUGGUGCUGGCCGAGGUGAUGCCCACAGCGCACGAGGCUCUGAAACGGGUGGAGGGCGCGUCUUUCCGGCCACUGACGGCCACGUGCCUGCACCACGGCGCCACACCCAGGGCCUUCCUCGUGCUGGACGACCUCGUAGCUGCCGGCUAUCGAUUGGCGGACUCCGAGCGACCUCUCGACUACCAGCACUGCGAGGUGGUGAUGCGAGCGUACGCGCGCCUCCACGCCGGCACUGCCUACGCGCUCAGCAAGCGCCCCGACUACGGCGUCCAACUCGAUAUGGAUUACUUCACCGCCGACAACGCGGAGUUUAUGCUGCGGUCGAUUGCGCAGUGUAUGUUUUCUGCUCUCGCCGAUUUCGUGACGAGAGUUCCCAACUAUGAACACUACGCCGCCAAGUAUUUGGGACUCGCAGAUACCUUGUUGCCACUAAUGAGAAAGGCAUUGAAGAAGAAAGUUCAAGAUACUAAACUCAAGGUGCUGGUUCAUGGUGACUGCUGGAAGAACAACAUGAUGUUCAAGUACUCAUCAGGGGAGGUUGUUGAUGUACGCUUCGUAGAUUUUCAGUUCAAGUCAUAUGUUGAACGAUAUCGCUAA